AUGGACCCUUCAAUGAACAACCUCCUAAAAUGGAGCAUUGAAAACUCCGUCCCAAACCCUGACACCACCACUGACACAUCCAACGGCGCCCCCGCAACCACUGCCGCCCCCCGUGCCCCGCGCUCCCUCUCCCCCACCGCCCUCCACCGCCUCCUCCUAAACACCCCCUCAGACUCCGAACUAAUGAAAAACGCCAUGGAAACCAUCCGCUCCCCCACCGCAUCCCUCGGCGACAAAAUCACCGCCUUCGAUAACUUAGAGCAGCUGGUCGAGAACAUCGACAAUGCGAAUAACCUGGGCAUGUUGGGGUUGUGGGAGCCAUUGGUGGAGGAGCUGGGGGCUCUGGAGGAGGGGAGGAGGAUGAUGGGGGCGUGGUGUAUUGGGACUGCGGUGCAGAAUAAUGAAGGGGCGCAGGGGAUGCUCCUGUCAAAAGUCCCCACAGCCCUCCCGACGCUCUUUGCCCUCUCGCAAAAUGACCCGCACUUAACCGUGAGAAGGAAAGCCAUCUACGCGCUCUCGUCUGCUAUCCGCAACCAUCAACCCGCCAUGGAUGAGCUCCUGCGCCAUUUGCCGGAAGAUGUAAAGAAAGAGAUUGGGGAGAGUAUUGAUGCGAGUGAUAUGGAUAACGUAGAUAGGCUGGUGAACAGGUUGAGAGCUGGGGCUGGUAGUUGA